CACAGCUAGGCCCGGGGUUCUGCCCCCUCUCCCCCGGGGCAUCUCGUCCCCCCCGCACCACGCCGCCGUGCAGCGGAGCUCGCCGACCACGCACAGGACCGAGCGAAGGGGGUGCCGCAGGCCGAACUGAGCCCCGCACCCAGAGGGAAGCCACCCCCUGCCACUCGGAGGCCGCCACCCUGCCAGCAGGGCCUGGGCCACGUACAGAGACUCCUCGGCUGUGAGAGAGAGAGAGAGACAGAGCCGUGAGCCGGGGUCCCGGCCCCAGUGCCUCCCCCCUCCCAGCACCCGAGGGACGACGCACAGGCAGGCCCUACGCUACCAGCACUCCCAGCUACCUUCGAGACACCACUGACUUCCUGAGGAAACUACAAUCCAUCGGUGAUCUUCCUGAUAACACCAUCCUGGCCACUAUGGAUGUAGAAGCCCUCUACACCAACAGUCCCACACAAAGAUGGACUACAAGCCGUCAAGAACACUAUCCCCAGUAAUGUCACGGCUAACCUGGUGGCUGAACUUUGUGACUUUGUCCUUACCCAUAACUAUUUUACAUUUGGGGGCAAUGUAUACCUUCAGAUCAGCGGCACUGCUAUGGGUACCCGCAUGGCCCCACAGUAUGCCAACAUUUUUAUGGCUGACUCAGAACAACGCUUCCUCAGCUCUCGUCCCCUAACGCCCCUACUCUACUUGCGCUACAUUGAUGACAUCUUCAUCAUCUGGACCCAUGGAAAAGAAGCCCUUGAGGAAUUCCACCAUGAUUUCAACAAUUUCCAUCCCACCAUCAACCUCAGCCUGGUCCAGUCCACACAAGAGAUCCAUUUCCUGGACACUACAGUGCUAAUAAACGAUGGUCACAUAAACACCACCCUAUACCGGAAACCUACUGACCGCUAUUCCUACCUACAUGCCUCCAGCUUUCACCCUGACCACACCAUGCGAUCCAUUGACUACAGCCAAGCUCUGCAAUACAACCGCAUUUGCUCCAACCCCUCAGACAGAGACAAACACCUACAAGAUCUCUAUCGAGCUUUCUUACAAUUACAAUACCCACCUGCGGAAGUGAAGAAACAGAUUGACAGGGCCAGAAGAGUUCCCAGAAGCCACCUACUACAGGACAGGCCUAACAAAGAAAAUAACAGAACGCCACUAGCCAUCACCUUCAGCCCCCGACUAAAACCCCUCCAACGCAUUAUGAAGGAUCUACAACCUAUCCUGAAGGAUGACCCAUCACUCUCACAAAUCUUGGGAGACAGGCCAGUCCUUGCCUACAGACAGCCCCACAACCUGAAGCAAAUACUCACCAACAACCACAUACCACACAACAGAACCACUAACCCAGGAACCUAUCCUUGCAACAAAGCCCGUUGCCAACUGUGCCCACAUAUCUAUUCAGGGGACACCAUCACAGGGCCUAAUAACAUCAGCCACACUAUCAGAGGCUCGUUCACCUGCGCAUCCACCAGUGUGAUCUAUGCCAUCAUGGGCCAGCAAUGCCCCUCUGCCAUGUACAUUGGUCAAACUGGACGGUCUCUAUGUAAAAGAAUAAAUGGACACAAAUCAGAUGUCAAGAAUGACAACAUUCAAAUCCAGUCGGAGAACACUUCAGUCUCUCUGGUCACUCGAUUACAGACCUAAAAGUGGCAAUUCUUCAACAAAAAGCCUUCAAAAACAGAUUCCAGCAAGAGACUGCUGAAUUGGAAUUAAUUUGCAAACUGGACACCAUUAACUUAGGCUUGAAUAAAGACUGGGAGAGGAUGGGUCAUUACACAAAGUAAAACUAUUUCCCCAUGUUUAUUCCCCCCCCCCCGCACCCCCGCUGUUCCUCAGACGUUCUUGUCAACUGCUGGAAAUGGCCGACCUUGAUUAUCACUACAAAAGGCUUUCUCCCCCCCCCCCCCCGCCCCGCUCUCCUGCUGGUAAUAGCUCACCUUACCCGAUCACUCUGGUUACAGUGUGUAGGGUAACACCCAUUGUUUCCUGUUCUCUGUGUAUAUAAAUCUCCCCACCCUAUUUUCCACUGAAUGCAUCCGAUGAAGUGAGCUGUAGCUCACGAAAGCUCAUGCUCAAAUAAAUUGGUUAGUCUCUAA